CCUUGGCGCUGCCCCCCCCCCCCGCCUGACUUGGUCGCGCCCAAAGUGUAACACUUUCUCUUUGUCGGAGGAGCGCCCGGCUUCCUGUGCAGUAGCUGGAGCGGCGGCCGAGGCAGCGCAGCGGAGGCACAGUCCCGGCGGCGGCGGCGGCGGCGGCCCGAGCAGCCACGGCCCGAGCAGCCACGGCGGCCGGCACGGUGGCAGCCCCGGAGCGCGAGCUCCUCCGCGGGGAGGGGGCGAUGGCGACGGCCGAUGUGGCGCGCCAGGUGGAUGAGAAUUGCCGGACAGUCCCCCUCAGUGGCCAUGUGGGGUUUGACAGUUUGCCCGACCAGCUGGUGAAUAAAUCCGUCAGCCAGGGUUUCUGUUUCAACAUCCUGUGUGUGGGGGAGACGGGCGUGGGCAAGUCCACCCUCAUGGACACACUGUUCAACACCAAGCUGGAAGGGGAAACGACCACCCACUACCUGCCUGGCGUCCAGCUCCGUUCCAACACCUAUGACCUCCAGGAGAGUAACGUGGGGCUUAAGCUCACAGUGGUGAGCACUGUGGGCUUUGGAGACCAGAUCAACAAGGAGGACAGCUACAAGCCCAUUGUGGAGUUCAUUGAUGCCCAGUUCGAAGCAUACCUUCAGGAGGAGCUGAAGAUCCGGAGGGUGCUGCACAGCUAUCACGAUUCCCGCAUCCAUGUCUGUCUGUAUUUCAUCGCCCCCACGGGCCACUCCCUGAAGUCUCUGGACCUGGUGACCAUGAAGAAGCUAGACAGCAAGGUCAACAUCAUCCCCAUCAUUGCCAAAUCAGAUGCUAUUGCCAAGAGCGAACUAACCAAGUUCAAAAUAAAAAUCACAAGCGAGCUGGUGAGCAAUGGAGUACAAAUCUACCAGUUCCCUACUGAUGAUGAGUCGGUGGCUGAGCUCAACGGGACCAUGAAUGGCCACCUGCCAUUCGCGGUGGUGGGCAGCACAGAAGAACUGAAGAUUGGCAACAAGAUGGUGAAGGCCCGCCAAUACCCAUGGGGCACCGUGCAGGUGGAGAACGAGGCCCACUGUGAUUUUGUGAAGCUCCGGGAGAUGCUGAUUCGAGUGAAUAUGGAGGACCUCCGGGAGCAGACCCACAGCCGGCACUAUGAACUUUAUCGUCGCUGCAAACUGGAGGAGAUGGGCUUCCAGGACACGGACCCGGACAACAAACCCUUUAGUUUGCAGGAAACCUACGAAGCCAAAAGGAAUGAGUUCCUGGGAGAGCUCCAGAGAAAGGAGGAAGAAAUGAGGCAGAUGUUUGUCCAGAGAGUCAAAGAGAAAGAAGCAGAGCUCAAAGAAGCUGAGAAAGAGCUGCAUGAGAAAUUUGAUCGUCUGAAGAAGAUACACCAGGAGGAGAAGAAGAAGCUGGAGGACAAGAAGAAGACUCUGGAUGAAGAAAUGAAUGCCUUUAAACAGAGGAAGUCAGCGGCCGAGCUGUCCCAGGGACAGCAGGCAGGGAGCUCCCAGACUCUCAAAAGAGACAAAGAGAAGAAGAAUUAACUCUGCUGUUUGCUGCAUGCUGCGUGAGCACGAGGGCCCUGUAACCCGUGGCUGUGUACAGAAUAGUUUUCCCUGCUACAGCUGGAAUGGACCCACACUUGGCCUUUUAAGCUGAGCUUCCUUCUUGGAGAGCUUCUUCUAGCAUGCCAGCUAUGGCCCCCCAUGCAAUAAUCAGCCCUUCCCUUGACCACUGCCUGCCCUACCCCCAUCCCGUAGCCUAAGGCGCCCUCCCCAGUGCAGCCAGCAGCUCCCAUUGCUCAUUUAUUUAGUUCAUACACAGGCAUAUGGAUUUGCUUUGAGUUUUUAGUGGGGAAGUGGGGGAAGGCCCCCCCGCUUAGCCUUUAGGAUAGCUAGUAUUAGAGGAUUCCCGCCCCCCCCCCAAGCUAGGGAAAAGUGAAAAUCAGAUACCAAUAAACAUUUUUGCCAACCAAAUGCCAAUGCUGUUUGGGCAUGGACAUAUCUUCACCUCAGUUGGCCAAUGGGCCAGUGGCCUUCAGGCAAAGAUACUUCCUAUGGCCCCAGUGAACACCCAGUGGUGCUCCCCUCCCAAACAGCCAAAUUCUUGGAGGUCUUUGUGGCUUCCCCAUUUGACAUCCAAAAAUCUCAACUCUUCCUAAUAUCUCCAAAGAAGACUCCAAAGAGUGUAUAUUCUGCAGUAAUGGCUGCUACUGAUGGUUGACUAUUUGCAUUCAAGAAGCAAAUGCCCCUAUAGGGUGGUGAUCUGUGAAUCUUGAUCCUUAGCAGAAGCAGAGGAGGUGAGAAUCUCUGAUUUACUGCAGAGCUCAUGGAGAUUCCAAGAUUCAUCCUAGGUCUCUCAGAUAGAAAGUCUUUUAGGGGACAGCUAGGUGGCAUAGUGGAUAAAGCACCGGCCCUGGAUUCAGGAGGACCUGAGUUCAAAUCCGGCCUCAGACACUUGCCACUUAACUAGCUGUGUGACCCUGGGCAAGUCACUUAACCCUCAUUGCCCUGCAAAAAACCAAACCAAAACAAAAACGAAAGUCUUUGAGCUGGUUAUUUAAAGCCAGGUCCUUUGACUUCAAAGCCAGCCUUCCUUCCACCACAUCAAACUGCAUCUCCUCUGGAUAUAUGAUUUACACAGCAGCAGUGGGACCAAACUGACUUGUUCUCCAGUCCCAUCUCUUUCAUUUAACUCUCUGGGUGAUCCUGGUCUAAUCCCUUUCCCCUUUGUGAGCCUUGGUUUCCCCAUCUGUCAGAUGAGAUCAUUGGACUUCCAAACUCCCUUCUAGCUCCAACAUUCUUUGAUUGUGUGAAGGCCUUUUCCCUCCUAGGACCUUAGUUUGUUUCUCUAGAAAACAGGGUCCUUCGCCUUUGCCAUGAUUCUAAAAAUGGACAACCUUAUUCAGAACUCUAUUUUAGUGGGGAUUGGAGAACCAAAGCCCAUCACAGCUGAAAGGGGGCCUUAGUGGUUAUGUAGGCUAACCCCCACUCAUCUGACAGAUGGGGAUGGAUAUCCAGUGUCAGGGGCCCCUUGGUGUUUCCAGUGAGAAUAGAAGAGGCCCUUCCUUCCCUUUCCCCUUAUGACCCAUGUGUGAAAGUAAAUUCUGACCCCAGCUAUUAAACUGUCGAUGAACACAUUUACUUUCUCAGGUAACCGAAUCUUACUGUAAAGACAAAAGGAAUGUCAUUUUUCCUUUAGAAAGCUUUCUAAAUUUUGGUUGUUGCUAUGAUAUAAAGCAAAAGGCAGCCUUAAGAGUUUGCCUUUAGGCACACCUCAUAAUGGCCAGUGCUUUUUUCUACGUGUACCUUGGACAGCUCCCUGCAAAUGGGGCCAAGAAGUUGGCUCUUGUGUUGCCAACCAUUGCUUGAGAUCAUUUUGAUAUGAAAUGCUGAUUUGGAAAAAAAAAAAGUGCUUGCAUGUUCUAAUUAAAACAAAAUGAUUUUCA